CCACCAGAGCUCCUGCAGAAGGAUUUUAUCCUGAUGGCUGACUCAAAACCACUCUCCUCCCUUGAUGGGGACCCCAUGGCCACAGAAGCCCUGCUCUGGGAUGUGUUUGGGAUCGUUGUGGAUGAGGCCAUUCGGAAAGGGACCAGUGCCUCUGAGAAGGUCUGCGAGUGGAAGGAGCCAGAGGAGCUAAAGCAGCUGCUGGAUUUGGAGCUGCGGAGCCAGGGGGAGUCACAGGAGCAGAUCCUGGAGCGGUGCCGGGCUGUGAUUCGCUACAGCGUGAAGACCUGUCACCCUCGGUUCUUCAACCAGCUCUUUUCAGGGUUGGAUCCCCACUCUCUGGCUGGACGCAUUAUCACUGAGAGCCUCAACACCAGCCAGUAUACAUAUGAAAUUGCCCCCGUGUUCAUACUCAUGGAAGAAGAAGUGCUGAAGAAACUCCGGGCCCUGGUGGGCUGGAGCUCUGGGGAUGGGGUCUUCUGCCCUGGUGGCUCCAUCUCCAACAUGUAUGCUAUGAACUUGGCCCGUUACCAGCGCUACCCAGAUUGCAAGCAGAGAGGCCUCCGAGCACUGCCACCCCUGGCCCUCUUCACAUCGAAGGAGUGUCACUACUCCAUCAAGAAGGGAGCUGCUUUUCUGGGACUUGGCACUGACAGUGUCCGAGUGGUCAAGGCAGAUGAGAGAGGGAAAAUGAUCCCUGAGGAUCUGGAGAGGCAGAUCAGCCUGGCUGAGGCUGAGGGUGCUGUGCCAUUCCUGGUCAGUGCCACCUCUGGCACCACUGUAUUGGGGGCCUUUGACCCCCUGGAGGCAGUUGCUGAUGUGUGCCAGCGUCAUGGUCUGUGGCUGCAUGUGGAUGCUGCCUGGGGUGGGAGUGUCCUGCUGUCACAAACACACAGGCAUCUCCUAGAUGGGAUCCAUAGGGCUGACUCAGUGGCCUGGAAUCCCCACAAGCUUCUCACGGCAGGCCUACAGUGCUCAGCUCUUCUUCUCCGGGAUACUUCGAACCUGCUCAAGCGCUGCCACGGCUCCCAGGCCAGCUACCUGUUCCAGCAGGACAAGUUCUAUGAUGUUGCUCUGGACACGGGAGACAAGGUGGUGCAGUGUGGCCGCCGUGUGGACUGUCUGAAGCUGUGGCUCAUGUGGAAGGCACAGGGCGGGCAGGGGCUGGAGCAGCGUGUUGACCGGGCCUUUGUCCUUGCUCGGUACCUAGUGGAAGAAAUAAAGAAGAGAGAAGGAUUUGAGCUGGUCAUGGAGCCUGAAUUUGUCAAUGUGUGUUUCUGGUUCGUGCCCCCCAGUCUGCGGGGAAAACAGAAUAGCCCAGAUUACAGUGAAAGACUGGCUAAGGUGGCCCCAGUUCUCAAGGAACGCAUGGUGAAGGAGGGCUCCAUGAUGAUUGGCUACCAGCCCCAUGGUGCCCGGGGCAACUUCUUCCGCAUGGUUGUGGCCAACCCCAUGCUGACCCAGGACGAUAUAGACUUCCUCCUGGAUGAGUUGGAAAGGCUAGGCCAGGACCUGUGA